AGAGGCGUCUUGUGCUGCAUCUUGUCGUCGAUGGUGGUGUUGGUGCUCGUUAGAGGCGUCUUGUGCUGCAUCUUGUCGUUUUAUGGGCAGACAGAGUUGGAAGGGAAGAGACACAGAGACAGGUAGAGAGAGACACAGAGAGAUAGACAGAGAAAUACACGGAGAGAGAGAGAGACAGAGAUAGACACAGAUACACACACAGAGAUAGAGACACAGAGAGAUAGACACAGAGAGAGACACAGAGACAGAGAGACACACAGAGAGACAGAUAGAGACACAGAUAGAGACACAGAGACAGAGAGAGACAGAGACACACAGAGAGAGAGACACACAUAGAGAGACAGAGAGAGACGGCUAAACUGAAGUUCUUCAAAGUCAACACAUUUCGCGUCGAUUGCCUCGCGUGCGAGAUGGCCUCGCACUUCGAACUCUCGUUCGCCAAACGAGAGGAGGAAGAGGCUGAGGAUCAUCAUCAUCAGCAGAAUCAUCAUCAUCAGCAGCGGCAGCAUCAGCAGCAGAAUAAUCAUCAGCAGAAUCAUCAUCAGCAGCAGCAUCAUCAUCGUCCCGGGUUCGGGGCGCGCUCCGACUUGAUCGUGAAACGCGAAGACGCUGACGCCGCUGGAGUGGUCGUGAAGCAAGAAGAAGACCAAUGGAGGAGUCUGGACGCCGAGACGCUGAGGAUUGUCGUGAAAACGGAAGUCCAGGAGGAUGCUUCGGAUCUGAAGACCGUUAAAGUGGAAGGCGGCAGUGAGAGGCCAGAGGAGACGACAGAGACCCGUGGGUGUUUGGUCAUCGGAGACGAGAACUACAUCAAGGUGGAGCUGUCGGCAGAGGACAUUGGUGAAGCUCCGGAUCUGAAGGCCGUUAAGGCGGAAGGAGCCAACGAGCGGCCGAAGGUGACGGCGGAGUUCCGCCGGUGUUCGGUCACCGCGGACAAGAACUUCAUCGAGGUGGAGUUGUCAGAGGAGGAUGUCGGUGAAGCAGAUCAUGACGCAAAGGAAACGGAACUCCCGUGCGAGGAGUGCGGGAGGGGCGGACGCUUCGAUGCACAGACGGACAGAGCGACGGAUCGCAGCAGCGGCAAGACCCCUCGAGCCUGCAAGCGGUGCGGGAAGUCGCUCGGAAUCACUGCGCCGUCGUGCGCGAGAGUCGCCGGCGACAGCGAGAAGCCGCACACCUGCAAGGAGUGCGGGAAGGGCUUCACGCGUCUCUCCAACCUGGAGAGACAUGCGACGACGCACUCCCUUGACAGACCGCACGCGUGCAAGGAGUGCGGGAAGGGUUUCGCGCAGCGUUGCACGCUGGAGGUGCACGCGAGGUCGCACACCGGCGAGAAGCCGCACGUCUGCGUCGAGUGCGGGAAGGGGUUCGCGGCGCGACACAUUUUGGAGGCGCACGCGAGGUCGCACACGGGUGAAAGGCCGCACGCGUGCGCCGAAUGCGGCAAGGUCUUCGGGCAGAGCUCCACUUUGAAGGUGCACCUCAGGACGCACACGGGCGAGAGGCCGCACGUCUGCCCCGAGUGCGGCAAGGGCUUCGGGCAGAGCUCCGAUUUGAAGGUGCACGUCAGGACACACACGGGCGAAAAGCCGCACGUGUGCUCCGAGUGCGGCAAGGGCUUCGGACUAGGCUCCACGUUGAAGGUGCACAUGAGGACGCACACGGGCGAGAGGCCGCACGUGUGCAAGGACUGCGGCAAGGGCUUCGCGCAGCGGUCCACUCUAGAGGCGCACGGCAGAACGCACAGCGGCGAGAAGCCGCACGUUUGCUCUGAGUGCGGCAAGGGCUUUUCACAGCGCUACACCUUGAAGAUACACUCCAGGACGCACACUGGCGAGUGGCCCCACGUGUGCCAGGAGUGCGGGAAGGGAUUCGCGCGACGCUCUGACCUGGAGAAACACAGGAGCACGCCUGUGAGGAGCCGCAUGUGCGCCGGGAGUGUGGGAAUCGUUUUUCUCAACGUCAUACUGUGACGGCACAUUCCAGGACACACGCAGCACUCGACUUAACCCUUCCCCCCCCAUUCCGAGACAUCUGCAAGUAGGCAGGGUCGGCGUUGAUUUUACUUAGAGAGUAGCGGUGGCGCCGUUUUUUAUAGAGAUGUCGUUACUCACCGCAGAGAACCGUAGCGACACGACCGCCGCCGCCACUCUACGAUGGCCGGCGCCAAAACUGAGCCACACUCCCUCCCCGCAUGGCCUUGUGAGAGCCUCGGUGUACCAAUAAAGUUACUUCAGUUAUUUUUCCAGUGUCGUUUUGACUAUGUACACGUACGUCAUCGGAAUGGAAUCGGAACAAAACCGAUGGCGUGUACAUGUGUGUACGUCAUCGCCAACGGGGGUGGGGAGGCACACACAUUACACACACACUACACACACACAUGGGUAAGAAGCGGCACGCGCGUGCCAGGAGUGUGGGAUAAGGUUUUUUUUUUAAAAAUCAACAGUCAACACUUUCAGAACACACCCGAGAACGCAGACUGGGGGUGGGGGGGAGUUGUGAUCCGUUAACACGUCCACACAUCCGGUCCCGUGCCCGCGAGAUCCGUUUGGGAGACCAGCGCGCGCGUUGGAAGACUUGCUUCCGUCAAGCAUUGCGAGGCAGCGCGCAAGGC